AUGGCCGUUGAAUAUUUGAACACUGUUCAGGAUAAACCAUCUUUGUCACUAAUUGGUUCGAAAAGCAAGAGUCAUGUAUUUUUUAUUGUAUCUGGAUUUACAGGAAGACGACUUUUUGAAUUUCCAGCUGAAGAAUUGGAUUUUUUCUUACCACAAUUACUCUACCUUUAUGUAACAAAAAUUGACGCAGCUAGUGUAACACAUGCAUAUAUUGAAAAAAGGUAAUGUGAAAACAACGAGAAGUUGACUAUUUUUUAAAUGCUGCCACAUGGGCCAUUGAAGAAUAGAGGAAAAUGGUAAAGAGACUAUGCAGUAAUUUUUAAGAGGCAAUGUCUGAGAAGUUCAAAAACUGCAGGUCACUAAAAAUUCAGAAUGCUUCAAUUUGUCCCAUAUUAUACCCAAUGGGUACUUACAUAACAGGGCGAGCCUGGGGCGCAACAGUGGUAAUUACCCGCCGAACGGGGCCACCAAUUGCUUGGGAGUUUAUAGUAGGGAAGGGCCAUUAUGUACUUGCUCUCAGAGCCUUGAGUAGAUAUUGCCGAGUCAGGAUAUGGUCACACAAUUUCAGAUUGACCCACCCGCAUAGCCCACUGGUUUAAGUGGUUGCAAGGCAGUGGUCAUCCAUUGUGAUUAAGCCAUUUCCAGCCCAUUUGAGUUUUUAUCUCCAACGAACCCAGGGUUCCUCAUGCUGUGUCAGCGCCGUUGGAUCCGAAGAUCGCUAGCAUCUGACUGAGUUACCCGCCUGUAGCCUCACGGCCAUCCCAUUCGCAUUGGAAUGAGGAAUCUGAUCAAUCAGCUCUUUUUGUUCCUUCCCGUUCGACCCUUUCUUUUACCCUACGUACUCGGUUAGGAAGUACUAAAGAGAAAAAAAGGCGAGGCUGAACUUUGGGAACAAGCUUCAUGAAACAGUAAUACCAACCUGGCACCUUUGUGCGUUUAGAUCGGUCUUCCUGUCUGUUCUAGACUGUGUUCUUUGCACAGUCUCAAGAGGGGGGAUCGGCACCCAACUAUUUUGUCUAGUUAGAUGCCUUUUUGUGACUCUUGUGUUUAUGAUCCUGUCAUCACACCUUUUAAGGGUCAGCUGCCAUCUUUGUGGCUAUGGUCUGUUCCUUUUUGGGAAUCAGGUGGUAAUUUGAAAGAAAUUUAUUGCGAUUUCUCCUGGAAAUUCACAAUAUCGAUAUAUCGAUCAAUUUGGAUUGGUUUUUCAGGUUACUCAUUCCAUUAAUCAGUCUCGUUUUCAGUCCUAUCCAUGUCCAUUCAGAGCCAGGUCUUUUGGCAUGUUGACUUCGAACCCGGCUACGUCCCCGGAAGGGUCGGAGCAUGUUUUGCUCUUUCCUUUUUCCAGGAGUUGCCUUUUGGUUUCUCGUCUCCGAAUUUGAGUGGAAUUUCAGUGUAGGAGUCUCCGAAGAUGUGGUUCCAAUAAGCGUUCUUGCUGUAUUCUAAUACUGUAGAACACAAUUCAGGAAUCACUUUACGGAUCACUGCAUCCUCUAUUCCCAACUUUUUCAGACUGUCAGUUGUGGGCUUCCACCAACUUCCGAGAGAUCCAACUAUUAUUGGUAGGACAGUAAGCUUUUUUUGCCCUGAGCCUUGAGAUUGCUGAAACCGUCAGAGUACUUCUGAACCUUUUUGUCCCAGCUUCUUUUCAUGGCUUCCACACCAUGCUCAUAUGGGCAGGCUACAUCGGCCAUGAUGAUUUCUUUUCCAUCUGGACUUCUCAUGUAGAUGUCUGGUCGAAGUCUGGUGAAUCCUGGUAUUUCCUGAUCUAUUUUCAGUUUCCAGUCUUUCUUUGAACCAGCUUCGAUGAGUUUUUUCACUUUCAUGAGCACUGCAUCAUGUCUUUCAGUGAUUUUUUUCGGGAGUCCGAAAGUGCAACUUUGUAGGAUGUGCCACUGAGUUUCAUUCUCAUAAUGACAUCUUCUGCAUUCUUUUGACUUUGUGUUGUCGUACGUGUUAUAGUUGCACGACAACAAGUUGAGGCGAGCUCUGUGCACAAAUUUGUGUGCUGCUCGACUCACUUUGCCACCUUUUCUGACAAAGCUGUUGCACUGAGGAUACUGCUGGAUGACUCGGACUACCUCACUCUUCACAACUUUCUCGGUCGUGAAUCUGUGAGAGAGAGCGUCAUUCACUUCUCCUUUUAGCAGUUGUUGGAGUUUCUUUACAUUCUCUUUGGUAAAGAUUCUCUCGUUGCCUUUCUCGAUUGCUUGUACGGAGAUUGCCAAUUCACCUUCGAACUCAACAAUUUUCACCUUAUGCAAAGGAGCGGACUUGAUUUUCCACAGACUGUUGCAUACUUCGCGUAGUCUUGUGAAACAACUGAAACCGAACGCCUUUUUAUCGAUUGGUAUCUCGUUGCUGAGAUAGGCCGCCAGGUCGCCUAGGGUGACCUGAUCUUUGCCCGUUUCGAUUCGGGUCACUUCCUCCAGAUAUUCCCGGUACAGUCUUUGGAUGUACUGGUCUGAGGACCACAACUUUUUCAUUGUGGACACUAAGAAAGUGAUUUCUGCGGUUAUUCUUGGACACGCAACGCCGAGUCCCCCUUUACUAGUUGGUAUUUGGAUAUACUCUAGCGGGGAUCCUCAGUGAUACAUCAGACAAGUUUUGGUCCGGCUCCUUGGUCCCUAGUCCGAUCACGGUCACAAAAUAGGUCAAACCUGUAACUAAUUUCAAAAAAAUGGUAGCGUCUCAGACUCAAGGCCAUUCGAUUUCUCGUAUCUUUUUAAGCAUUUUUCAUGUUGGCACCAAAAAUUUAUCACCUUUCCUUCAUGGAGAAAUUUCGGAUUUUUAGUGAAAAAGUUGAGUUGUUCUGCAGUUUUCCUCCGUGGUGAAAAUUUUUUGCACUUCAUAGCCACGAUUUUAUUUCAAAUUCAUAAUCUACGGACAAUUUUACGUCGAUAUAGCAUACUGUCGCACAUUUGCCGAUUGACAUCAAAGGAGUUUUUUUCAAAAGUUUGAUCCGGUCUCAAAAAAAGUUUCUGUUCUGCUUUUUGGAAAAACUUACAGAAACAAAAAGAAUUCCUGUUUAUAGACGUUUUUUUCAUGCUAAAAAAACUGUAAUUCUGUUAUGUAUUCGUCAGGUACAGCUUUGUAAACGUAGCGAUUAAAAACAUGUUGAAAUUUUUUUUGUCAGCCGGAUAGAUUUUUUUCGAGAUGUGUUCGCUUUUACCCAAUAUUUUAUGCUUUCUGUCGUUUUUUUAUUUUUUUCAAUGUUCAUCUUACUUUUUUUGUGAAGCAUUUAUUUGGUCGUUCUCCGAUUGAUUCAAGAACGGUAAGAAGUACAUACACAAGGGGCAACACUCAACAACAAAAAGUACAUGAGAAAAAAACCUAAAACAGGAAAAAUUGUAAAGCGUAUUUUUCUUCACAUUUCAGUUUCUUCCAUAGCAAAAAAAUUGGAUCACUGGAUUCUAUUAGUGCGUAAUAAAAAAAGAAUCACCGAUAGUCCAAGUGCUUUCAAGUUUCAAAUAUCGGAUCACUCCAGCAUCGUCAUGCUCUUCCUCUGGAAUAGUAUAGUCUUCCUUCCACGAUUCAUCCUUCAUUUCUUGAGCGCGUCGCGAGUGCUGCUUUUGAUUGCCUUUUCGCUGCUUCAUGGGAGAAGAAACCGGCAAUGUGACGGAAGGGUUUCCUUUGAUCCACUGAAAACCGCUUAGAACCGUCCGGAUUUCUAGCUUCCAAUUCCGUCUUCUCGUUCGUUUCCUUCAGUUUUUUCACAGCAUCCGAAAUUAUUGGGCAACUUUUUGACCACUUCUUCCAAAACCACGAAUAAAAAUAUUUCAAUGAAAAAAAUCACGAAGUGUCUGCCGUUCAGGUCGAAUUAUAUGUUGUCCACGUUCAACAUGCUUGACCACGCUUGAAUAUCUCAAAAAAAUGUAGCUGAGCAUCCUUCCUCUGGGCAUGUAAAUAUCUUUCCCAAAGCGUCUUCGUACCGCGGUCUCACUUCAUCGCUUUCCACUUCAUUUUUCAUCUUCUUCUUCAAUGCAAGCAGUGUUUUUGAGAAUCAGUUGACUUAGCACAUUCCGGAAAGUACCAAAAACUUGGUCUGCUUCUGCGACAGUACAGCAUUUCGUUCUUCAUCAAUAGACCCAAUCACAGUUGAAGUGUAUCCGGCAUGUUCGAACUCGUAUGUUCCAGUCAAUGACAUCAAAUUACUUGACGGAACAAAUUGACCAUUGCAAGAGCAACUGUACAAUCAGGAAAAACAAUGAGUUUCAUUAUAAUCUGUAAUAUUGACCAUCUAAUAAUAUCAGAAGUUUGAAAAAUAGUAAGAAGAAUAGCUACACAAAAAUUUGCUUUGUGCUUUUUAUAUCUAUUUGAUGUACUUUUUGUUGUUGAGUGUUUCCCCAUGUGUAUUAUAGGGGCACCGGACAGAAAGGGCGCGCUGUUCGCAAUCUGGCCGAAUUGCUAGGCCGCGAAGUAAUUUUCCACUGAAAAAUGUGGCCUAACUUUUUCAAACUCGGCCCCGAGGUCGCUCAAUUUGCACUGCAAAAAGAGUUUCUCAACAGAGCGCCAUUUCUGUGCGGUGCCCCUAUAAUAUGUACUUCUUGUUUACCGUUCUUGAAUCAAUCGGAGAACGACCAAAUAAAUGCUUCACAAAAAGUUAGAUAAACAUUGAAAAAUAAAAACGAGAGAAAGAAUAAAAUAUUGGGUAAAAGCGAACACAUCUCGAAAAAUCUAUCCGGCUGACAAAAAAUUUCAACAUGUUUUAAUCACUACGUUUACAAAGCUGUACCUGACGAAUACACAAACAGAAUUACAGUUUUAAGCAUAAAAAACGUCUAUAAACAGGAAUUCCCUUGUUUCUGUAAGUUUUCCAAAAGCAGAACAGAAAUUUUUUUUGAGACCGGAUCAAACUUUUGAAAAAAACUCCUUUGAUGUCAAUCGGCAAAUGUGCGACAGUAUGGUAUAUCGACGUAAAAUUGUCCGUAGAUUAUGAAUUUGAAAUAAAAUCGUGGCUAUGAAGUGCAAAAAAUUUUCACCACGGAGGAAAACUGCAGAACAACUCAACUUUUUCACGAAAAAUCCGAAAUUUCUCCAUGAAGGAAAGGUGAUAAGUUUUUGGUGCCAACAUGAAAAAUGCUUAAAAAGAUGCGAGAAGUCGAAUGGUCUUGAGUCUGAGACGCUACCAUUUUUUUGAAAUUAGUUACAGGUUUGACCUAUUUUGUGACCGUGAUCGGACUAGGGACCAAGGAGCCGGACCAAAACUUGUCUGAUGUAUCACUGUUAUGUAAGUACCCAUUGGGUAUAAUAUGAGACAAAUUGAAGCAUUCUGAAUUUUUAGUGACCUGGUGUAAUUAGCGAAUUUCGAGGUUCUCAGAAAUUGCCUCUUAAAAGGCUCUUUUUCUAAUUAAAACAAACAAUUAUCUGAAUUCCCAGUGACAGAAAGGCAUUACUAGCGUGACUUUUAUCAUUUAGUAUUUUCAAUUCAGGCACAAAAACGAUGCUCAUUUCACAAUCUUAUGCAUUUGGUUCCUCAGCUGUUACACCGAAACGUAUCCUAACAAGCAUGAGAAUCAUGCAGUGAUGCUCAGGUACUAAUUGCAUUUCAAACGACUGUCUUGAAAAUGUUUUCGGCAGAAGUUUACUGACAAACCAAAAGUCAAAAACUCAACAAAAAGCAGAAGAAAAUUCAAUCACCUUGUCGUUAGAUCAACUGGAGACUACAAACUGGAUGGAUAGUUAGUGGUAAAACGCUACAUUCCAAAAUGGUUUUUUAAAGGUUCUUCCAUGAAAAGGAAAGAACACGGAAUAUUGUUGUCACAAGUUGAUUUGGAAAGAAAUCGUGAACCUAUCUAUGUGGUUUGUUCAUAAAAACCUUUGGGUUUAUGUUUUUUUUCUGUAGGAUCGCUUGUUGUCUAGCCAACAAACUUUCAUCAAUAGACUGGUGCACAUUGGAGUCAAAAUGGCAGAGGUUCAUUUGUUAAGCUCAAAGCAAGAAAAAACAAAUGCUCUGCAAUUAGAGCUACAAAUGUUGAACACAAUGCUACCUAAUUUUGUGUGGAUUCCAUUUGAUUUCCAAAACACUAUAAUGAACAUAUGCGUAGAAGAAAGCGCUGUUCUAAAUAGCAAAGAAAAGGUAAAUUAUUAUGAUUGAAAAACUGUGUGUAGGGUUGCAGAACAUGCGCAUGUUUUUGCCUAUUUUGCAAUUUUAACGUGGAGAUUUUGCAAAACAGGCGAAAACAAACAGACUUGCCAGAUUUCGGGCCGGCCAUGCGGGCCGGCCCGGGUCGGCCCGGGCCGGGUCGGGCCGGGCCAGGUCGGUGAAGUGCCGGCCCGGCCCGGCCCGGUCGGCCCGGUUCAAAAAGGCGGGAAUUCAAAUUUUCGCGGAAAUUUUUCGUUAUUACAAAAAAAUUUUUCGAACUAAAAGUUUUAGUGUUUCUUCUUUGUUUUUUUGCUAUUAUGAAUUUUUUUUAUGAGAAAUACAUUUGUUUUUUUCAAUGUUCGAUGCUUGCAAAAAAACCCCUAAUUCUACAAAAAAUGGCUUCAUGCGAUCAACAAUUCAAAUUUUGAAUUCCCGCUUUUUCAACCGGGCCGACGGGCCGGGCCGGGCCGGAGUUUUGGAAAUUUCGGCCCGGCCCGGCCCGGCCCGUGGCAACUAUGAAAACAAGCGCCUGUUCUGCAACCCUAACUGUGUGUAUGUAUUUGUGCCAAGUCUUUUGUCACAAUCAAAUUUCACUCAGCUCUGUUUGAAUAUACAGGUUCCAAACACUGCUUACAGGUUCUUUGAAAAUGAACAAGAAGCAAAUAUCGAAAGUAGACAGGUUUCAAGAAUCAUUGUUAAUUUUUCACGAUUUUUCCACGAUUUUUCACAUUGUAAUAAUUAUGCGGGUAGUGCAUUCCAGUUCAUUUUCAAUUUUGAUCCCGAGAAGUUCUAUAAGCAUAAUAACGUGACAAGAACGUGGAAACCAAAUUUUAAAGGUAAACAAAAGAGGAAAAGGUGGAGCGUCGUUUUUAAAAAAUGAGCAAAAAUGCUCCCAAUCUGUUUAUUUUUGAUUACCUUUAGGACAAGUGUGUCUGUUCGAUAAUUUUUCGAAAAUCUUUAAGAAACCUGUAAGUAGCCUUUGGAAAUAAAAAAAAUAAAAUAAAAAAAGGUAGAGCCCGUUUCUCAUCUUCUUUUUUCCCGUAUUUGCGCCAAACAGGAGCGACCUUUGGAAAAACAAAAUAUUUAUUUUCAGGUCCCUUAUCUUUUCUUUGCCGAAGUUAUUCGAGUACCUCCGACAACAGAAUAUAUUGAUGGAAAUAUGGGGGAAACUGUUGAAAUAGUUUCAAAUAGUAAUGAGCGACAAAACAAUCGCAUUUUACUGAAGACUAGAGUUGAAAGCAAAAUUAAGAAAAUCUGUAAUAUUUAUAAUUGUAGGUAUAUCAUGAUACAACAGAUCCAUCAGUAGCUGUUUUUGCGGAGGCCUGGUCUGACAAAAAGGAUAGGAUACGAUCAGCUAGUAAAAAUGGAAACAUUUCCGAAUGGGAUUUGAUUCCGGUGAUUGUCAAAACCGGUGAUGAUUUGACACAAGAAGCAUUCGCUCAACAACUUUUAUUCACUUUCAAGGUAAAAAAAAACAUAAUAAACACAAAUCUUGCUAUUUCUUUUUUCCAGGAUCUGUGGAAUGAAGAAGGAAUUCCUCUUUAUCUUUACCCGUACAAAAUAAUAUGUGUUGGCCCUGACGCUGGCCUCAUCGAGCCCAUUUUGGACACUUUGUCUCUUCAUCAAAUAAAGAGGCAUUUGACGAACGUUUUCCGAGCAAACAAUAAUCCAAUCACUCCAACGCUGAAACAUCAUUUCGAAAAUGUUUUUGGAGUAGCCAGCAGCGAAACUUACGUCAAGUAAGUUUUUUCAAUGAUUGAUGUUUUAUUAUAGGGGGACCGCACAGAAAUGACGCUCUGUUGAGAAACUCUUUUUGCAGUGCAAAUUGAGCGACCUCGAGGCCGAGUUUGAAAAGUUAGGCCACAUUUUCAGUGGAAAAUUACUUCGCGGCCUAGAAAUUUGGCCAGAUUGCGAACAGCGCGCCUUUUCUGUCCGGUGCCCCUAUAAUAUGACUCUGUUGAAAAAGAAACCACAGCGAACAGGUAAAUUCUGCGGGUAUCACAAUGAAUUUAUCGAACCCGCGAUAAUUAAGUUUUUCAGUGCUCAAAAAAAUUUCAUACAAAGUGCUGCUGCAUACAGUCUUGUCAGUUAUUAUUUACAACUGAAAGACAGACACAAUGGCAACAUUUUGUUGGACAUGGAAGGACAUUUAAUUCACAUUGAUUAUGGGUUCCUCCUUUCCUCAUCACCAAGAAACCUUGGUUUUGAAACUGCUCCUUUCAAGUUAACGUCUGAGAUAGGUGAGCUUACCGACGGAAACCAAAAAUGUUGAUUUUCACGGUGAAUUUUCGGGUGUCGCGGAGAUUCAAUGCACCGUUUUUUUCCUCGGGAUUUGAACAGUAUUAGAAAAAAUGCAUUUGGAGACAAUAGGAUAGCCACUUUUUGAAAGUUUUCAGAUUCUCGAGCCAUGUGCUCAGGUCUUUGCCCACAGAGCGUGAGCUAAUAUUCUGCAUUCGCCAUAGUGUGCACCUCUCUCCUUGUUCGCCCUCCGCUCCCCUCUCGUCUUUGCCCCGGUUCCCUUCAUUUCCCACACAAAAAGACUGAUUAGCGAGCAAUUUCAUGUAGAAUCAACAAAACAACAAUAAAACUAGAAUGGAACAGAGUAUGCAAAGAACGCACAUUUCAUGCACGCGCGAAGCACAUUCCCACUUUGAUGCGCUGUGAAUGCUAUGUGCAUGCACCUCCACGGAUAUCCAUGGUGUUUGCAUAAUGCAUACUUUGCGUUUUAAGAGGCAAUGUCUGAGAAGUUCAAAAACUGCAGGUCACUAAAAAUUCAGAAUGCUUCGAUUUGUCCCAUAUUAUACCCACUGGGUACUUACAUAACAGUGAUACAUCAGACAAGUUUUGGUCUGGCUCCGUGGUCCCUAGUCUGAUCACGGUCACAAAAUAUGUCAAACCUGUAACUAAUUUCAAAAAAAUGCUAGCGUCUCAGACUCAACGCCAAUGGAUUCCUCGCAUCUUUUUUAGUAUGUUUCACGUUGGGACCAAAAAUUUGGCACCCCUCCUUAAUAGAGAAAAAAAUUGGUUUGUAACAUUUUUCAGAAAAUUUUUCAGUGUUCUGCUCGUCCUGAAAAAUUUUAACACUACAUAGCCAUGAUUUUAUUGCUGAUUCUGAAUCUUGUGCUUCUGCAAAAAAUAAGUUCACCUCGAUCCCGAUUAACAUCAAGGGGUUUUUUGGCCGAAAUUCACAAAAUUCGUAGUACUUUUGCAUGGAAAAGUGUUCGCGAACUUGAGAAAAGUGCGUUUUCUCAAUUUUCAAAGGGGUCUGAUCGCGAUAUUUGUGGUUUUCGUAUACUUUUAGGCAUUCUUGAUUUUUUUGAAGCAUUUCGAGAAUUAAUUUUGUCAUGACCCCAGGGUCGACGACUUAGUCUUGAUAACAGUAUGGGACAAAUCAAAUAAAUCCGAAGUUUUCGUGACCUCUAGUACCACAGCUAGUUCGAGCCUCACAAAAAACUUUGGUUAAAUUGUAUUUUUCAGUUGAUGUGAUUGGUGGAAUUGACAGUGAUAUGUUCCUCUAUUUCAAAAGUUUGUUGCUUCGAGGAUUGAUGGCCGCUAGAAAACACCACCGACGCAUUGUUUCUUUGGUUGAAAUAAUGGCUGCAAGUGAGUACUUAGAGAAUUAGCAAUAAUUUAUAACAUAUUUUAAGGAUCAAAAAUGCAAUGCUUCCGAGCUGGUUCUGAAACAGUUCGUGCGCUUGAAGCUAGAUUUCAUGUUAGUAGCACAGACGAACAGCUCCAGCAGCUUGUGGAUACACUUGUGGAUGGGUCUCGGGAUAGUUACACCACCCGGUUUUAUGAUUCUUUCCAAUACUACACGAAUGGAAUUCAUUAA